GAAAAAAUUUUUUUUUCGCACUGUGAGCGGUCGGUAGAGUUUCUUUAAAGUUUUCCUAUGUUUUAUUAAAUAAUUUAGUUUUUUAAGUAAAUAAUUUCAGUAAAUAUUAGUACCUAGGUUUUUAAAUUUAUGCUCUUACCCAAUAUUAAUAGUGGUAUGAAUCAGGCGGAGCUACUAUUUUUAUAACCUUAAAUUAGUCAUCAAGCCAAUAGUAACACCCAUUUAGAGACGCUUUUAAAAAAUGACUGUACACAAAAUACAUUAACAUUAAUUAUUUCAAGAAAUGCCAUUUCUCCUCGGACGUGAAGGUGUGAUUUGCUGGUGAUAUUUGAAAGAACAGAAGCCGGCAAGACGUGUCUGGGAACAACGGGACGCCGAGUAGGACAUUAAGUUUAGUUCGUAGUGCAGUAUCCAAAGAUGGCGUCUAUAUAUGAAUGGUACACAGAUCUCAUGGACAAUAAAAGUGACCCCAGAGUCAAAGGAUGGGCCAUGAUGUCAUCUCCGUUCCCCACCUUAGUGAUAUGUAUUUCCUACGCUUACUUUUCCAAAGUACUUGGCCCGAAAAUCAUGGAAAACAGAAAACCCUUUCAAAUGAGAGGUGUUCUUAUAGUUUACAACUUAGCGCAGACCCUCUUCAGUAGUUGGAUAUUCUACGAGUAUAUGAUGAGCGGAUGGUGGGGUCAUUACAACUUCACAUGCCAGCCAGUCGACUAUUCGCGGAGCCCACUUGCAAUGAGGAUGGUGAACGUUUGUUGGUGGUACUACUUCAGCAAAUUCACCGAAUUCUUGGACACAGUGUUCUUUAUCAUGCGUAAGAAGAAUGAUCAGGUGUCCACCCUGCACGUCAUCCACCACGGCAUCAUGCCCAUGUCCGUCUGGGUCGGCGCCAAGUUCGCUCCUGGUGGUCAUAGCACAUUUUUCGCUCUGCUAAACAGUUUCGUGCACAUCGUCAUGUACUUCUAUUACAUGGUGUCGGCCAUGGGCCCCAAAUACCAGAAGUACAUCUGGUGGAAGAAACACCUCACGGCUUUCCAGAUCAUGCAAUUCAUAGCGAUCUUCACGCAUCAGCUGCAAGUGGUGUUCCGGCCGUCGUGCCCUUACCCGCGGGUGUUCGUCUACUACAUCGCCUUCCACGGGUUCCUCUUCUUGUUCCUCUUCAUCCACUUCUACCAGCAGCGCUACCGCAGGCCCGAGGUCAAGAAGCAUUCGCCCAAGAUCUCCAUAUCAAAUGGACUUUGCAUGCCGAUGGCGGCGGAGGAGAGCUACAAGCAGGACGCGGAGCUGCCGUCGUCGUACGCGUCGUCGGCGGCGGACGCGUUUGUGCGCCGCCGCCCGCUCUCCUAGUGCGGAGACGACACAUUCUAACAUAAACUUUUUACAUUUUAUACAAAAUGUGUCAUGCACAAAUUCACUCGAUCGUGAUCUUGCUUAGAUCGCCUGAUGAUGCCUUGUAAUUUUUUAGGUACAAAAAAAAAUUUUACAUACUGAAAGUAUAUGAAUUGUUAUGAAAUGUCUUGUCGUGUUGAUUUUAUGUGUUGAUGUUUAGCUUGAGCCGUGGUCGGCUUAAUUCGGUAUCUCUGCUCCAUCGAACAAUAAAUUAAUUAUUAAUUCUACAAUGUGAGAUGCCGAUUUGAGUUCACCAUAUAGUGAACAUCCAAAUUCAAAAAUAUAAAUCUAUUAUGUACCUAAUUGUUUGUGGUAGCAAAAGGUUUGCCACAUCACCUGCUGAUAUUUGGCAGUUAUAGGCAAGAACGUUUUGUAUCCGCGUAUAUGUAUUCUUAAUGUAAAAUCAUAGUUAAAUUAUGUAACUAAGUGUAAUAAAGGUUAUUGGAUUACGCAUUGUAAAUAUAAUUUUUGUUAAAGUAAUAACUUUGUUACCAAAACUAAAUGAGCAACUAUUCGCUGCAUUUUAUCAAUUCUUACGAGCUCAAGUAUUUUUGUACAUCUAUUUUUAAUUAAAUAACAAUGUUGGUAAGGAAUUAUCUUUUCAUAUUGCACCGAGAAUCACUUUUAUAUAUCGAAACGUUUAAUGUGGAGAAUAGUGUUCAUUCUAGACUUAACUAACCUAAAAAAGAUAAUACCAAAUUUUGUAAGUAGUUACUGGUUUAAGGUUCGAUUCAUAUGUGUGCAUUUGGCAUAAUUUUUUUCGAAACUUUACAAAUCAUGUCGUUCUCUACCUCAAAUAUAAACCAAGAUUUGUGCCUUAGUGCGAGUUUGCUGUUUACCAACCACAAUGCAGAGUCGUUGUAGUUGCGUCACAAUGGCGCACUUUGAUUGGUUAGCUGCGUCUCACUGCGAAUCAAGUCGAUGGUGAGAUAUAAAUAGCAAAAUCGCACUAAGCACACUGAAUGCAUUUAUUACCUUUUUCCGACACUCGAAUAUUUGUAAUUGUUAGUGAUUUUAGCUAUGAAUAAAGAAUUAUUGUUGGACACAUACGUAAUUGUAUAAGUCAAUGACUGUCAUCAAAACGUGUCGCGCUUUGGAUGAAAAUGAAGACUUGGAUCAAAUUGUGAUUGAUUUGUAAAGCUUCGGUGAAAAGUGCCGACGUGUUUGGAGUUUGGCGAGCACGAUAGAGCCCGGCUCCAUUGAUCCGUUACGUGAACGUAGCACGUUGCGUUCCGUUGUUUUCCAUAGGAGGACGGGGCAAUGGGGCCGCGGCCUUAGCAAGCGUCGCUGAAGCGUUAUCGUUUGUAUCACGUUUGGUGUUUGAUGCUUUAAGUGUUGUCAUGGAUAUCGGUUGCUAGGAGUGAGGCGACCGCUGCCGCUGUUGCUCAAGUAAUUGCUGCAUAAACACUCUUUUGCAACCUUAUUUAUUAUUUUAAUAAAAGAUUUUAUUAAAAUUGUA